AUUUCCUCACAGAACACACCCCUGCAGAUAAUGGCUAUGGAAAAUGACUCUUCAGUGACUGAGUUCAUCCUGGUAGGAUUUACAGACCAACCUCAACUCCGGUUACCCUUCUUCUUCCUUUUCUUAUUACAUUAUGUGGUCACUGUGGUAGCGAAUUUGAGCUUAAUUAAUCUAAUAUGCCUGAAUUCUCACCUUCACACUCCCAUGUACUUUUUCAUCUUCAACCUGUCCUUCAUAGAUCUCUGUCACUCUUUGGUCAUUACCCCUAAAAUACUAAUGAGCUUUGUGUCAAAGAAGAGCAUCAUCUCCUUUGCAGGAUGUAUGACUCAGCUGUUUUUUUUCUGUUUCUUUGUCCAUUCUGAGUGCUAUGUGUUGACAGCCAUGGCAUAUGAUCGCUAUGUGGCCAUCUGUAAGCCCCUGCUGUACACGGUCACCAUGUCCCCUCAGGUUUGUUCUCUGUUGAUGUUUGGUUCAUAUGUGAUGGGGUCUGCUGGUGCCAUGGUGCACACAGGGGACAUGGUCAGAUUGUCUUUUUGUGAUUCCAACAUCAUCAACCAUUACAUGUGUGACAUCUUCCCCCUCCUCCAGCUUUCUUGCAGCAGCACCUAUGCCAGUGAGUUGGUGGAUUCCAUUAUUGUGAGCACAGUUGUAAUAAUAUCCAGCUUCAUUAUUUUCAUUUCUUAUGCUUUGAUCCUCUCAAAUAUCCUCCACAUCUCAUCAGCCCAGGGUUGGUCCAAAUCCUUCAGCACCUGUGGCUCCCACAUAAUUACUGUUGCCCUAUUCUAUGGUUCUGGGUUGUUCACACAUCUCAAGACCUCUUCUGCUGGUUCCGUGGACCAGAGGAAGUUCUUCUCAGUAUUUUAUACCAAUAUAGUGCCCAUGUUGAACCCCCUCAUCUAUAGUCUAAGGAACAAGGAUGUCAAACUUGCUCUGAAGAAAACCCUGAAGAGAAUUGCAAACUAA